AUGUCCUUGCGGGGCCGCAGCAGCUGCAGCCGGCGCCGCGCCCCCGGAGUUCGCGCGGCGGCGGCGGCGGAGGGUGCUUCGCGGGCGACGGAGCCCGUGGAGGUGGUCGGCGUAGGCAGCCGGAAGGACGCCGUCAUUGACUUCUGCCUGGGCUCACGCACGCUGUCCUCCACCCCCAUCCGCUUCUGGACAGUACAUGUGAUUGAUAAUUCUAAAGUUCAGUUAAUACAAAAAGGUCAUGGAACUGAUGCAGUGUUCAGAGACUUGGAACCUCCUUAUUUCUUCAUCUGUGCCCCCAUGGUUUCUAGUGUGGGACAAGAUGCUGAUCAUAUUACUGCAAUGGAACUUCUUAGCGCUGUCAAAUCUGCUGGUAAUCUGGCUGCAUCAAUAUUUUUGAAGCCCUUCUGCUUUGAGGGACAAAGAAGGCAAGUAGAGGCAGCUGAUUUGAUUAGCAAACUUCAAACGUGCUCAAAAGUUUUUAGAGCUCUAAACUUUAGAUCUGGGGAUCCAAACAGGCUCUUAGUGAAAAACCAUUAUGAUGAAAGUGUUUCCACAGUACAAGAGGGCUUUCUUUCAAAUUUGGCCUUGCAUUUUCCUUUUAUAUCCUCUCUUAUGGGAGGAGAUAUCCCUGAGCAGAAACAAAUUAGGUCUAAGCAUUCCUUUAAUCAUCUGCCUGACAACAGAUCUAAUUCUGUAGAACAAGACGAAUUCUCACAACUUUCUAAUUGGUCAUCUGAUGCUACUGUUUCCAAAUUAUUUCCUGAAGAAUUUGAGGAUUUGGAAUCUGUGAGUAAUGACAGGAAUGAGAGAAUAAAGCCAGAAUCUCUGGAAGGUAAUUUGGCAGUUACUGGAGAAAUGAGCAAAGACGAUAACAGAGAGCAUUUAGUUUCACAGCAGGAACAUCGUUUCUUGAGCAACUCCCCUGGUUUUGAUAUUGCACAACUGUGGGCUAAACAGCAUGCGAUGGCAAGUGGAAGCAGUAAAAAUGAUAAGCUUGAUAUUGUCGCUCAUCCUGUUGGUGUAAAACUUAGCAAAGUUCAGUCUGAUCAUUCUCCAAAUACGCAGCCUGAAACUCUUGGUGCUGACACAACUGUUGCUACUGGACAUGCUGCCUUUGGAGUACCAUUUUCUGAUGUUCGUUUGGAGAAAGUAAUGGGCGUGUGUAGUUCUGCAGUCACAUUUCUGAGGAAUAGAAUGGAUAGGUCUCGAAAGCGUGGCUCAAACUCAAUAUCCAGCCGGGCUGCCCUGAUGCUCGUUAGUUUCUCUCUCUCUCCUGCAUACUUAUCUUGA